CAGCAUUUGAAGCAGGUGCCCAGAGUGAACAGCUGUGCCAGGCCGCAUUCCCAUCACAGCUGCGUGAACGACUGUGGGGCCGUCUAGAAACAGCACAUUGGAAGUUCUCAGCCGUAUCCAGCCCUUGCCGAAUACAUCCCGUUCUCCACACAUCAGUGUGAGGAUAGUAAUUUUACGUGCAUGUAAAAGUUCGAACUGUAUCUCAGAGUUCAAGUGUAUUAACUGUGCCAUGGAAGCCGACAAUACAGGUCCCUCCAGCCACAAGGUGGGCACCAUGGCUGAGAAGUUCGACUGCCACUACUGCAGGGACCCCCUGCAGGGGAAAAAGUACGUGCAGAAAGAUGGCCACCACUGCUGCCUGAAGUGCUUUGACAAGUUCUGUGCCAACACCUGUGUGGAAUGCCGCAAGCCCAUCAGCGCCGAUGCCAAGGAGGUGCACUAUAAGAACCGCUUCUGGCACGACACCUGCUUCCGCUGUGCCAAGUGCCUUCACCCCUUGGCUAACGAGACCUUCGUGUCCAAGGACAACAAGAUCAUGUGCAACAAGUGCGUCACUCGGGAGGACUCCCCCAGGUGCAAGGGGUGCUUCAAGGCCAUCGUAGCAGGAGAUCAAAACGUGGAGUACAAGGGGACCGUCUGGCACAAAGACUGCUUCACCUGCAGCAACUGCAAGCAAGUCAUCGGGACUGGAAGCUUCUUCCCUAAAGGGGAGGACUUCUACUGCGUGACUUGCCAUGAGACCAAGUUUGCCAAGCAUUGCGUGAAGUGCAACAAGGCCAUCACAUCUGGAGGAAUCACUUACCAGGAUCAGCCCUGGCAUGCCGAGUGCUUUGUGUGUGUUACCUGCUCUAAGAAGCUGGCUGGGCAGCGUUUCACCGCUGUGGAGGACCAGUAUUACUGCGUGGAUUGCUACAAGAACUUUGUGGCCAAGAAGUGUGCUGGAUGCAAGAACCCCAUCACUGGGAAAAGGACUGUGUCAAGAGUGAGCCACCCAGUCUCUAAAGCUAGGAAGCCCCCAGUGUGCCACGGGAAACGCUUGCCUCUCACCCUGUUUCCCAGCGCCAACCUCCGGGGCAGGCAUCCGGGUGGAGAGAGGACUUGUCCCUCGUGGGUGGUGGUUCUUUAUAGAAAAAAUCGAAGCUUAGCAGCUCCUCGAGGCCCGGCUUUGGUAAAGGCUCCAGUGUGGUGGCCUAUGAAGGACAAUCCUGGCACGACUACUGCUUCCACUGCAAAAAAUGCUCCGUGAAUCUGGCCAACAAGCGCUUUGUUUUCCACGAGGAGCAAGUGUAUUGCCCCGACUGUGCCAAAAAGCUGUAAAGUGACAGGGGCUCCUGUCCUGUAAAAUGGAAUUCGAGUCUUGUUGUUUGUGUCCUUGCUCUCUGCCCUACACCAUCGAUAGGGGAAGAGGGGCCUUUCGCCUCUUUCCGGUUGAUCUUUCUGUCUUUUCUCCCAUUUUACAGUGUUACUCAAAUAUAAGGGCACACAGUGAUCAUAUUAAGAUUUAGCAAGAAGCAACCCUGCAGCAAAGUUAAUUUCUCUACAGCUGCAAUUAAGAACAAAAACUUAGAUAGAUUGACUCUUCUGCAUGUUUCUCAUAGAGCAGAAAAGUGCGAACCAUUUAGCCACUUAGUGAUGUAAGCCAGAAGCAUAAGAGAGGAAGCCCCCACUGAGAGGCCUUGGGCGGCUCCGCAGGACCCCACCUCAUAGUCACCCGACAUGCCGGAGUGGCGGCGGCUGCUGCGAAUCGCUGCUCACCCUUUUCCGUGAGCAGGAAAAGGACUUACGAAAUGCAUGGUCUACCCUCCUCCAGCUCUUCCCUUCCUUCUGUUCUUGCGUGCUUUCCAAUGACUAACACGGAUUUCCAGGAAGUUAACAUUUGAACUUAGCUGUCAUUCGAAACGGGCCCUUCCCCGUACUAACGUUUGAUUUCCCUGUGUGGCAUGUUUUCUGAGCGUUCCUACUGUAAAGCAUGGAACGCGCAGGUGAUUUGGAAAGUGUAGGCGGAUCUGAGAAAACGAACCUGUUUCAGAGGAACAUCGUCACAACACGUGCUAUUGAACGCUUCACCAAACUAACCCUGCUUCCUUACUUUUCUUUACAUUGAUAAUAUUUUUGUUUUACUUAAUAACAAAAUAGUUUAUGGUUUGGAAACUUGCAUGACAAUAUUUUAGCCCCUCAAACGUUCUUGCAGUUUGGAAAUUUAUCCUGCAGAAGUAACUGUCCAGCUCCAGAGGGGUGGCUGAGCAGGCGCCAGGGCUGUCAUCUACAUGGAUGUGACAUUUUAAAACCGUGACGAGUUGGUUCCCUUGUAACAUAGUAGUUGUCUGCUCUUUGUCCAUGUGUUAAGGAGGACUGCCAAGUCCCUUCUCUUGUGAUUCCUAGGACUUGUCCUCGGGAGCUUAGCUGGAUCUCUGGGGGAGUGGGGAGGCCACCGUCCUCACAGGCAGAACCAGAUGUCCACUUACUGCUUACCUGACGUGCAGGAUCACCUGCUUGCUGUAUUCUCCGUUAUUAUAUGACAUAGUAUAACACGACGGUAUCAAAAGUAAACAUGUAAUGACAAUACGUAUUAACAUUUUUGUAGGAGUGGUUAGAGAAGCCAAUGCCUCAUUUCUACAUUUUGUCAUUAGCUGUGAUCAUCUAACGUUUCCGUGUAUCCUUACAGAAAUAAAGCAGCAUAUAAAUAA